AUGCCGCCGCCCAAUACACCUGAGGCCGCCGAAGAGGGCCGAGAAGCUGGCACAGAUGCACGCGACUUCCCUCCCCAUCGUCGCCGUAGUUCCGUCCCGACGUUCCUGUUUAUCAGCUUCGUGCUCUUUAUGCUCACAAACAACAGAGGGGAGCAGCUUGACACACGCUUUCAAUAUAUGAAAGCUCUGGACUCGUUGAACCAGAGGGUGUCGGACUACUCUGCGUGGCUGAACGGCACUGCCUCCAACUUCACUCUCCCAGAUCACGACAAUGCCACAGCUCCUCUUGUGAAUACAUUUAUGACGUUUGAGUCCCGCCUUGACCCAGAGAGAGGCUCCUACUACACGAACCUGACUGGGUUUUGGCAUGGCGAGGUGAACCUCCACAAUUUGACAUCUCCCGACAUGGUCAAUGGAACGGCAGCAUCAUGGCUUCCGUUGGCCGAAAGCUAUACCAACGCGACCAAUAUGACUGCACUCCUUCAGCUUCUCGGCCCAUGGAAGUGGGCGGCCACAAACAAAGUUGCACUCAGUGUAGGAGACAAGGCUCUGUCUGCUGUCCAGAACGCGUCGCAAGACAUUGCAAUAAUCCAUGGCAAAGUAGAGCUGUCUGAGCCGCAUGCGUCGGAGGAACUCAAGUUUGACUUCGACGGCGUACAUUUCAUCUCAAAUGGGUCAAUCUAUGCGCUAAGCGAACCGUCUGGAAAGCACAUUGACUUGAGACGCGUUAUCUCGCUCGUACCACACGCGCAUUCGAACGAGACUGCAUAUGCAAUAUUGGCAGAGAUGACGUCGAGAGCGACAAAGUUGAAAGAAAAGAUCGAUGCGGGGACAAUAGACCAAGACGCCUUCAACGACGAAGACCCUCCAAAGGUCCAUUGCUCUUUCGAGCUCUACGGACAGCUGGUACCUACCGAUGUUUCGCAAGACUCCAUGCAAGAGCUCGAAAGGGAGAUCGAAAAGCCGACUGGCAUCGCGACCGUCAAGGCGCCUGAGUUAAAGCUGAACGGCGUGCUCGUAAGCCAAAACUGUGGCAUUCUGAUCGAAGUGAAUGAGGUCAUUGGGCUGAAGUCUCCGCAGCUGUAUAGAAAGAUCACGACGUAUGCUGGAAUCGCGACCAUCGUCUAUCUAGUAAUGUACAAGCUGCUUUGUCGCGAAAUGGCAAGGACAAGCUCGACGGCCACAUUGUCCCGCUUGUCGCGCUACGUCUUCUUCUCACAGAGUCUCAUAGAUGCAAUUGCGUCUGUCGGCCAUAUCACCUUGGGAAUCUUGUCAGACGGCCGGCCGUCGCUUGCUGUCCUUGCACCAGCGGGUCUUUCUUGUUUGCUCUUCGUCGCGGAAGCACGAUUUUCCGUUGGAGUCGGACAAAGCCAGAUUUCAGAAGAUAUAUCUCCACCUCCUCCGCAACCUCUUGUAACGCCAGCCCCCACGCCAGCCCCUGCUCCACCAACACCCUCAACGCCUGAACAGGAUGCGCAAAGAAAUCAAGCACCGGAAACCACAUAUCCUCCAGCUCAGCAAGCGCCGCAAGUCCAGAUACCGCAGGCAACAGUGACGUCGCCUACCCCGACCACUGCCCUGCCUGGUCAGCCGUCCUUCCUGUCCGUGCUAUGGCAUCACCUGAGGUCAGAUCUAUCAACCAGGAUGUGGAUGACCGUCUCGAUAUUCUUCCUAGUCGUGGUCCGAAUUAUCAUCAGGCUGUCGCUGCCGCUUUUCUUCAUCGGUUCUAUGUACUCCUUUAUCUGGAUGUGCCAGAUAUACCGGUCAGUGCGGCGCGGGCGGAGCAGCCCAUUGUCGGUGGAGUAUAUGGUUGGCACGACACUGUGUCGACUGUAUUUUGCCCUAUACUUCCUCGCUUGCCCGAAAAACAUUCUGGAUGUUGAGCCGCGACGAUGGAUCUAUGCCGUGGCCGUCCUCAUGUUCGCGCAAAUAUUCAUGAUUGUGCUACAAGACCGUCUUGGCCCCACGUUUUUCAUGGGCAAUCGCGUGAUAGCGGUUAAGACAUAUGAUUAUCAUCCGUCGUUACCGCUGCCAGAUACCGAGGAUCCCCAACAGACGUUGGGCGACUGUGCGAUAUGCAUGGACGUCAUUGAGGUAGAUCCGUCGCUUCGCCGGCGAUCCAAGUCGAGCGAUGGCAAGGAGCGGGGCGACAUGCUCGGCUUGCCUUCGAGGUCCCGACGGCCGGGCGGAAUCUUCGGGGCGGUAAGUGCUGUCGGAGGAGGAAAUGCGAGGAAGAAUUACAGUCUUGCGCCGUGUCAUCAUCUCUUCCAUACAUCAUGUCUCGAGCAGUGGCUGGCAAUAAAGAACAUAUGUCCACAGUGCCGGAGGCCGCUUCCACCCCUGUGA